GGACUCACUUCUCCGCGGGAGCGAGCCCUAGUCCAGGCGGGCUGUGCCCGGGAGGGCUGAGCAUCGGGUUGCAGCUCUCCCAUCCUUCUGGCCCAGUUCGGGCUCCGGAGGACCCGGCAGGAGGCGUGGGGCGCUUUCCGAAGUUGUCUGCGGUAGCCUGCCGGACACGUUGUACGCUCUCGAACUGACCUGUCGGAGACGUAACCCUCGGACCAUGCACGCAGCCCGGACCCGGGGCGUCGCUACUCGUGCGCGCGGAGCAGCCAACUCCCCCAACUUUCAGCCAACACCUGCGCCGCCGCCCGCGCUGCUGCUGCUGCUCCUGUCUCUGGUAAGCCGCAUCUCCGCUCAGUCCGCUGCCCCUGGCCGAACACUGUUGUCCUCGGGUCUCAUGGGGGCUUCAGGGGUGCCUGCGGAAGAGGCUAUUGUGCUGGCGAACCGCGGACUCCGGGUGCCCUUCGGUCGUGAAGUCUGGCUGGACCCGCUGCACGACCUAGUGUUGCAGGUGCAGCCCGGAGACCACUGCGCGGUGACUGUGUUGGACAACGACGCGCUGGCCCAGCGGCCUGGCCGCCUGAGUCCCAAGCGCUUCCCGUGCGACUUCGGCUCGGGCGAGGUGUGCUACUCGCACCUGGGCGCUCUCAGCCCGUCGCGAGACCGAGUCCGGCUGCAGCUGCGCUAUGACUCUCAGGGAGGGGCGAUGGUGCUACCUCUGGUCCUGGAAGUGCAAGUGGUCUUCACUCAGCUGGAGGUCGUGACUCGAAACUCACCCCUGGUCGUGGAAGAACUGCUGGGGAUCAGCAAUGCCCUGGACUCGCGGAGCUUGGAGUUCGCCUACCAGCCCGAGACAGAGGAGUGCCGCGUGGGCAUCCUGUCCGGCCUGAGCGCGCUGCCUCGCUAUGGGGAACUCCUCCAUUCCCCGCAGGUUCCUGCAGAAGUCAGAGAGGGCGGCGUCCCCAAGCCUCUCUUGAUGGACUGCAGAGCUUUCCAGGAGUUGGGCGUGCGUUACCGCCACACAGCCCCCAGUCACUCACCCAACAGGGACUGGGUGCCCAUGGUAGUGGAGCUGCAUUCUCGAGGGGCUCCUGUGGACAGCCCUGCUUUAAAACGCGAGCACUUCCAGGUGUUGGUGAGGAUCCGCGGAGGGGCGGAGAACACUGCACCCAAGCCCAGUUUUGUGGCCAUGAUGAUGAUGGAAGUCGACCAGUUUGUACUUACUGCCCUGACUCCAGACAUGCUGGCCGCAGAGGAUGCUGAGUCUCCCCCGGACCUCUUGAUCUUCAACCUCACCUCUUCCUUCCAGCCUGGCCAGGGCUACUUGGUGAGCACUGAUGACCGCAGCCUGCCCCUCUCCUCCUUCACUCAGAGGGAUCUUCGCCUCCUGAAGAUUGCCUACCAGCCCCCCUCUGAAGACUCUGACCAGGAGCGUCUCUUCCAACUGGAGCUAGAGGUAGUGGACCCGGAAGGAGUAGCCUCAGACCCUUUCACCUUCAUGGUAGUGGUGAAACCCAUGAACACAUUGGCACCAGUGGUCACCCGGAACACUGGUCUGAUUCUCUAUGAGGGACAGUCCCGGCCACUCACAAGUCCUGCAGGCAGUGGACCACAAAACUUAGUCAUCAGUGAUGAAGAUGACCUGGAAGCAGUGCGCCUGGAAGUGGUGGCUGGGCUUCGCCACGGGCACCUUGUCAUUCUGGGUGCUUCCAGUGGCAACUCUGCCCCCAAGACCUUUACAGUGGCUGAGCUGGCAGCCGGCCAGGUGAUCUACCAGCAUGAUGACAGAGAUGUUUCCCUGAGUGACAACCUGGUGCUCCGCAUGGUGGAUGGAGGAAACAGGCACCAGGUGCAGUUUCUGUUCCCCAUCACCUUAGUACCUGUGGAUGAUCAGCCACCUGUUCUCAAUGCCAACACGGGGCUGACACUGGCAGAGGGUGAAACAGUGCCCAUCUCGCCCUUCACUCUGAGUGCCACUGACAUGGAUUCUGAUGACUCUCUUCUUCUUUUUGUGUUAGAGUCAUCCUCCUCCACCACAGGGCACCUGCUUCUCCGCCAAACUCAUCCUCCCCAUGAGGCACAGGAGCUGAUCAAGGGGCUUUGGAGGAAGCAGGGAGAAUAUUAUGAGCGAAAAGUGACAGAGUGGCAGCAGAAGGACAUAACAGAGGGGAGGCUGUUCUACAGGCAUUCUGGGCCCCAUAGUCCUGGGGCAGUGAUGGAUCAAUUCACCUUUAGAGUCCAGGAUAACCAUGACCCCCCUAAUCAAUCUGGACUACAAAGGUUUGUGAUACGAAUUCAUCCUGUGGAUCACCUCCCUCCAGAGCUGGGCAGUGGCUGUCCCCUUCGGAUGGUGGUGCAGGAAUCCCAGCUCACACCACUGAGGAAAAAAUGGCUACGCUACACUGACCUGGACACAGAUGACCGAGAGCUUCAGUACACAGUGACCCAGCCCCCCAUGGACACAGAUGAAAACCACUCACCAGCCCCGCUGGGCACAUUGGUCCUUACUGACAACCCCUCAGUGGUGGUGACCCAUUUUACUCAAGCCCAGAUCAAUCACCAUAAAAUUGCUUACAGACCCCCAAGUCAAGAACUGGGAGUGGCUGCGAGAGUGGCUCAGUUCCAGUUCCAGGUGGAGGACCAAGCUGGGAAUGUGGCACCUGGCACCUUUACCCUUUACCUGCAGCCUGUGGACAACCAGCCACCUGAUAUUCUCAACACUGGGUUCACUAUUCAGGAGAAGGGCCACCACAUUUUGAGUGAAACUGAGUUGCAUGUGACUGACGUGGACACUGAUGUGGCCCAUAUCUCUUUCACUCUUACACAGGCACCCAAACAUGGCCACAUGCAAGUGUCUGGACAGGUCCUGCCUGUUGGAGGGCUCUUCUACAUAGAGGACAUAAAACAGGGCCGGAUUUCCUAUGUUCAUAAUGGGGAUGAGUCCUUGGCUGAUAGCUGCUCCUUGGAGGUCAGUGAUAGACACCAUGUGGUACCCAUCACCCUCAGAGUGAAUGUUCGGAAUGUUCGGCCAGUGGACCAUGUGGUGCCCAUGCUAAGCUUUCCGACUGGCACUCUAGAGUCGUAUCUAGAUGUUUUAGAAAAUGGGGCUACUGAAAUCACUGCCAAUGUCAUUAAGGGGACUAAUGAGUACACUGAUGAUUUGAUGUUAACUUUUCUGUUAGAAGAUCCACCCUUGUAUGGGGAGAUCUUGGUCAGUGGAGCUCCGGCAGAGCGGUUCACUCAAAGGGACAUCUUGGAAGGCUCUGUGGCCUAUGUCCACACCAGUGGUGAGAUUGGCUUGUUGCCCAAAGUAGACUCUUUUAACCUGAGUCUGUCAGAUAUGUCUCAAGAAUGGAGAAUCAGUGGCAAUACUAUCCAGGGUGUUACUGUGUGGGUGACCAUCCUCCCUGUGGACAGUCAGUCUCCCAUAAUUUCUGUGGGUGAACAGUUUAUAGUCUUGGAAGGUGACAAAAGUGUUAUUACCUCAACACAUAUAAGUGCAGAAGAUAUAGACUCCCUGAAUGAUGACAUCUUGUGCACAAUAGUUAUUCAGCCAACUUCAGGUUAUGUUGAAAACAUUUCUCCAGCUCCAGGCUCUGAGAAAUCAAGUGCAGGGGUUGCCAUAAGUGCCUUCUCUCUAAAAGAUCUCAGGCAGAGUCACAUUAACUAUGUCCAGAGUGUCCAUAAAGGGGUGGAACCUGUGGAAGACCGAUUUGUAUUUCGUUGUUCUGAUGGCAUUAACUUUUCAGAGAGACAAUUUUUCCCCAUUGUAGUCAUUCCCACCAAUGAUGAACAGCCAGAAAUGUUUAUGAGAGAAUUUAUGGUGAUGGAAGGCAUGAGUCUGGUGAUCGAUACACCCAUUCUCAAUGCUGCAGAUGCUGACAUUCCCCCAGAUGAUUUAACUUUCACUAUUACCCAAUUUCCCACUCAUGGUCAUAUCAUGAACCAGUUGAUAAAUGGCACAGUUUUGGUCAAAAGUUUCACCUUGGACCAGAUCAUAGAGAGUUCUAGCAUUAUUUAUGAGCAUGAUGACUCUGAGACCCAGGAAGACAGUUUCGUGAUUAAACUAACAGAUGGCAAGCACUCUGUGGAAAAGAUGGUCCUCAUUAUGGUUAUUCCUGUUGAUGAUGAGACUCCCAGAAUGGCCAUCAAUAAUGGACUGGAAAUAGAAAUUGGGGAAACGAAAAUUAUCAACAACAAAAUAUUAAUGGCAACUGACUUAGACUCUGAAGACAAAUCCUUGGUUUAUGUUAUGCGUUAUGGGCCAGAACAUGGCGUAUUACAGAGGCGAAAACUUACAGGUGCCUUUGAAAAUAUCACACUGGGCAUGAAUUUUACCCAGGAUGAAGUGGACAGAAACUUAAUUCAGUAUGUUCAUUAUGGGCAAGAGGGCAUUCGAGACUUAAUUAAAUUUGAUGUGACUGAUGGAAUAAAUCCCCUCAUAGAUCGUUACUUUUACGUAUCCAUUGGGAGCAUUGACAUUGUCUUCCCUGAUGUCAUAAGCAAGGGAGUGUCACUGAAAGAAGGUGGGAAAGUCACUCUCACAACAGACCUACUAAGCACCAGUGACUUGAACAGUCCUGAUGAAAAUUUAGUUUUUACCAUCACCAGGGCUCCCACAAGAGGUCACUUAGAAUGCACAGAUCAAACUGGAGUGUCCAUCAUAUCUUUCACUCAGCUUCAACUAGCUGGCAACAAAAUCUACUAUAUCCACACGGCAGAAGAUGAGGUGAAGAUGGACAGUUUUGAGUUCCAAGUCACUGAUGGUCGUAACCCUGUCUUCCGAACAUUCCGAAUUUCCAUUAGUGAUGUGGACAACAAAAAGCCAGUGGUCACCAUUCAUAAUUUGGUGCUCAGCGAAAGUGAAAGCAAGCUGAUCACUCCCUUUGAACUCACUGUUGAAGACAGAGAUACCCCUGACAAACUCCUGAAAUUCACUGUUACCCAGAUGCCAGUUCACGGUCAUAUACUCUUCAACAAUACCAGACCUGUCAUGGUUUUUACCAAGCAAGACUUGAAUGAAAACUUAAUAAGCUACAAACAUGAUGGCACAGAGUCAACUGAAGACAGCUUCUCCUUCACAGUGACGGAUGGCACGCACACUGACUUCUAUGUUUUUCCCGAUACAGUAUUUGAAACAAGGAGACCUCAAGUGAUGAAGAUCCAGGUCUUAGCUGUUGAUAAUAAUGCUCCUCAAAUUGCAGUGAAUAAAGGGGCCUCUACACUUCGCACUCUGGCCACUGGCCACUUGGGUUUCAUGAUCACAAGCAAAAUAUUGAAAGUGGAGGACAGAGACAGCCUGCACUUUUCUCUUCAGUUUGUUGUGACAGAGGACCCUCGACAUGGGUAUCUUCUGAACCUGGGCAAAGGCAACCACAGCAUCUAUCAGUUUACCCAAGCUGACAUUGAUGACAUGAAAAUAUGCUAUGUCUUGAAAGAGGGGGCCAAUGCCACAAGUGACAUGUUCCGUUUUACAGUUGAAGACGGUGGUGGCAACAAGUUAACCAACCAGCAUUUUCGUCUGAAUUGGGCAUGGAUCUCCUUUGAAAAGGAAUAUUACCUGAUCAAUGAAGACUCCAAAUUUCUAGAUGUCGUUCUUAAACGUAGAGGUUACUUGGGAGAAACUUCAUUUAUAAGUAUUGGCACACGAGACGGGACAGCAAAAAAAGACAAAGACUUCAAGGGCAAAGCACAGAGGCAAGUGCAGUUCAACCCGGGCCAGACCAGGGCCACGUGGAGAGUGCGGAUCCUGAGUGACGGGGAGCACGAGCACUCCGAGGCCUUCCAGGUGGUUCUCUCGGAGCCCGUGCUGGCCGCCCUGGAGUUCCCCGCCGUGACCACAGUGGAGAUCAUUGAUCCAGGCGACGAAUCAACUGUAUUCAUUCCCCAGUCUGAAUACACCAUUGAAGAAGAUGUGGGGGAACUGUUCAUUCCCAUCAGAAGGAGUGGAGAUGUCAGCCAGGAACUCAUGGUGAUCUGUUCUACACAGCAAGGAACAGCAACAGGAACGGUGCCGACUUCAGUGCUGUCUUACUCUGAUUACAUAUCUAGGCCUGAGGACCACACCAGCGUUGUCCGCUUUGACAAAGAUGAGCGGGAGAGAAUGUGCAGAAUAGUUGUGAUUGACGACUCCUUGUAUGAAGAGGAGGAAAUGUUCCAUGUGCUUCUGAGCAUGCCCAUGGGUGGGAGACUGGGCUCCGAGUUCCCAGGGGCUCAGGUUACAAUCCUCCCAGACAAGGAUGACGAACCCACCUUCUACUUCGGGGACGUGCAGUACUCCGUGGAUGAGAGCGCGGGCCACGUGGAGGUGCGGGUGUGGAGAGUGGGUACCGACCUCUCCAGGCCUUCCAGUGUCACGGUGAGAUCUCAGAAAACGGACCCUCCUUCUGCAGAUGCUGGAACAGACUAUGUGGGAAUCAGUCGUAAUUUAGAUUUUGCACCUGGAGUCAACAUGCAGACUGUUCGUGUUACCAUUCUGGAUGACCUUGGACAACCAGUACUGGAAGGAAUCGAGAAAUUUGAACUGGUGCUUCGAAUGCCUAUGAAUGCUGCCCUUGGUGAGCCCAGCAAAGCAACAGUGUCUAUAAACGACUCUGUCUCUGAUUUGCCUAAGAUGCAGUUCAAAGAGCGAGUAUACACUGGUAGUGAAAAUGACGGGCAGGUAACUGCAGUGAUCCACAGGAGUGGGGAUGUCCAGUACAGGUCUUCAGUGAGAUGCUACACACGGCAAGGGUCCGCGCAGGUGAUGAUGGACUUUGAAGAACGCCCGAAUACUGACAUUUCAAUCAUCACAUUCCUCCCUGGUGAGACUGAAAAGCCAUGUAUCCUUGAGCUGAUGGAUGAUACACUCUAUGAGGAAGUAGAGGAACUCCGCCUGGUACUUGGCACCCCACAAAGCAACUCCCCUUUUGGGGCUGCAGUUGGUGAACAAAAUGAAACUCUGAUAAGGAUCCAAGAUGAUGCUGACAAGACUGUGAUCAAAUUUGGAGAAACCAAAUUUACCAUCACAGAACCCAAAGAGCCAGGACAGUCUGUGGUUGUAAAAAUUCCAGUGAUGCGCCAAGGAGACACUUCUCAAGUUUCCAUCGUGAGAGUCCACACAAAAGACGGCUCAGCCAUCUCUGGGGAAGAUUAUCACCCUGUGUCAGAAGAAAUUGAGUUUAAGGAAGGAGAAACCCAGCACAUUGUUGAAAUUGAAGUAAUCUUCGAUGGACUAAGAGAGAUGCGAGAGGCCUUCACAGUUCACCUCAAACCUGAUGAAAAUAUGAUAGCAGAGACACAGAUGGCCAAAGCCAUUGUGUAUAUAGAAGAAAUAAACAGCAUGGCAGAUGUCACUUUUCCUUCUGUUCCUCAAAUUAUGUCCUUGCUACUGUAUGAUGACACUUCCAAAGACAAGGAGGUUGCUGGACCUGUGUCUGGCUAUCCUGUCAUCUGCAUCACAGCAUGCAACCCCAAAUAUUCAGACUAUGACAAAACAGGCUCCAUUUGUGCAAGUGAGAACAUCAAUGACACUUUGACCCGCUACCGAUGGCUAAUUAGUGCUCCCACAGGACCUGAUGGCGUCACCAGCCCCAUGAGAGAGGUGGACUUUGACACAUUUUUUACAUCGUCCAAGAUGAUCACCUUAGACUCCAUAUACUUUCAGCCUGGCUCCCGGGUGCAGUGCGCAGCCCGUGCUGUAAACACCAAUGGCAACGAAGGCCUGGAGCUGAUGAGCUCUAUCGUAACCAUUGGCAGAGAGGAAGGUCUCUGUCAGCCCCGAGUGCCCGGGGUAGUGGGUGCCGAGCCAUUCUCAGCUAAAUUACGCUACACAGGCCCACGGGACCCAGAAUACCCAAACUUCAUCAAGCUCACUGUCAUCAUGCCACACAUAGAUGGCAUGCUUCCUGUCAUCUCCACCAGGGAACUCUCCAACUUUGAGCUGACCCUCAGCCCUGAUGGCACAAGGGUGGGAAACCACAAGUGCUCCAACCUUCUGGAUUAUACGGAAGUGAAGACCCACCAUGGCUUCUUGACUGAUGCUACAAAAAAUCCAGAGGUCAUUGGAGAAAUGUAUCCUUACCAGUACAGUGCACCUCUCAGAGGCUCCAGCACCUUACGCUUCUACCGGAACCUGAACCUGGAGGCCUGUCUGUGGGAGUUUGUCAGCUACUAUGACAUGUCAGAGCUCCUGGCUGACUGUGGGGGCACCAUUGGGACGGAUGGACAGGUCCUAAACUUAGUGCAGUCCUACGUGACCCUGCGAGUUCCUCUGUAUGUUUCCUAUGUGUUCCAUUCCCCAGUUGGGGUAGGAGGCUGGCAGCAUUUCGAUUUGAAGUCAGAGCUUCGUCUGACUUUUGUGUAUGACACUGCCAUCUUGUGGAAUGAUGGGAUUGGCAGCCCACCAGAAGCUGAACUCCAAGGUUCUCUCUAUCCGACCAGCAUGCGCAUCGGUGAAGAGGGGCGCCUGGCCGUGAACUUUAAGACAGAGGCUCAGUUCCAUGGCUUAUUUGUGCUGUCACAUCCCGCCUCCUUCACAAGCUCCAUGAUCAUAUCAGCUGAUCACCCAGGCCUGACUUUUUCCCUCCACCUCAUAAGGAGUGAACCAACCUAUAACCAGCCUAUACAGCAAUGGAGCUUUGUCUCUGACUUUGCAAUACGUGACUACUCAGGGACUUACACUGUAAAGCUGGUGCCAUGCACCACACCUUCCAAUCAGGAGUACCGCCUGCCAGUCACCUGCAACCCCAGAGAGCCUGUCACCUUUGACCUUGACAUUCGAUUCCAACAGGUCAGUGAUCCAGUGGCAGCUGAGUUUAGCUUGAAUACCCAGAUGUACCUACUCUCCAAGAAGAGUCUCUGGUUGUCAGAUGGAUCCAUGGGAUUCGGGCAAGAGAGUGAUGUUGCUUUUGCAGAAGGUGAUAUAAUUUAUGGUCGUGUCAUGGUAGAUCCCGUCCAGAAUCUGGGUGACUCCUUCUACUGUAGCAUUGAGAAGGUGUUCCUUUGCACUGGAGCUGAUGGCUAUGUUCCCAAAUACAAUCCGACAAAUGCAGAGUAUGGAUGCCUAGCUGAUUCUCCUUCACUUUUGUAUAGAUUUAAAAUUGUGGACAAAGCUCAGCCAGAGACACAAGCUACCAGUUUUGGAAAUGUCCUGUUCAAUGCUAAACUAGCAGUGGAUGACCCUGAAGCCAUUCUCCUAGUGAAUCAGCCUGGAUCUGAUGGAUUUAAAGUUGACUCAACACCACUCUUUCAGGUUGCUUUGGGCCGGGAAUGGUACAUACACACCAUUUAUACGGUAAGAUCAAAAAACACCAAUCGAGGCAUUGGCAAAAGAAGUGUGGAGUACCAGUACCACACUCUGGUGCAGCAGGAGAAGCCUCAGGAGACUGCGGAGAGCAGGAAGAAGAGGGAGAUCAGGAGCAUGCCCCCUCUGGCAUGGGAAAUCGGUGCUGAAAACAACAGAGGAACAAACAUCCAGCACAUUGCCCUGGAGCGCACCAGCAAGAGGCAGAUCCCUCAAGGGAGAGUUCCUCCUGAUGGUGUCCUGCCACAGGAGUUCAACAGUCCCAGCUCUGAGCUCAGCCUGGUCACUGUUGUGGGAGGUAUCGCAGUGGGAUUGCUCACCAUCUGCCUCACUGUCAUUGCAGCAAUGAUGUGCAAGAGCAAGAAGAGUGCCAAUGGGAAGGACACUCCGAAGGGCUCAGGCAGCAGCAAGCCCAUGAUGUCCCCACAGAGCCACCACAAUGACAGCUCAGAGGUGUGAUGACCACAGGUCAGAUUCAGCCUUCUUCUCAAGUGCCGUGGAAAAGUCUGAAACAGGACCCCAAAUGCUUCUGAUAAACUGCAGAAAACUGGGGACUUCUGUAAUGAAGCUGCUCGGAGAAGCUGACUGUACUAAUAUACUUUGAUUUGAAUUCUGUCUACUCUUUGCAUCCAAGGACAAAUUCAGACCACAGCUUUCCUCUUCCCCAUGGGGCAUCAACGAUGUACUCACUCCUACACAGGCAGAGCCAUGGAUGGAUGGAAAUGUACUUAUUUUAUGCAUGUUAUCUACACAACAGAGAUGAACCUGCUUAACGGUGCUAACAGACUCUCUCUGGAGCUUGAGAGGAGUCUGCUUUUACUGUGUUAGUGUGAACCUUGAAGGUGCAAUUAUCACACUUUUUAUUCAUUAUAUAAUCAGUGAUCACUAGAAAGGUUUUAGUUGGUAGUCUGGAAGAACAAUAAACACACACUGUUUACUAUGACAAGUUUUCUAGGUGAGAACAGCAUAGAAUUAUGACCAGGGCUAACUGAACCCACAAAUCACCUUUUCUACUAUUUGGCACAGAGUGGAAAGAAAGAUAGAAAUGAAUUCACUUGCAUGAAUUUGAAUUGCUUUUCAUCUUCCUCAAAUCCUCUUUGUUUCAUUUGCUAUUUAAUUUUAAAUUAAACCAAAGAAUAUGUUAAUUCUAGGAAAGAUUUUUAUGAGUAGAGCUCUUACAUGGCAAUAUAUCUUAUUGGUGCUCAACACUUGUGGGAAAUGAGAGGGUGAGUGACAUUUUUAUGACAAAGAAACACCAUAGAGUCAGAUUCACUACAAGACAGUGUUCUAUAAGAAUUGAGCCUUGUUAUUUGCAGUAUUGAACCCACAAAUGAUAAUGAGAAACAUCUUUACAGAUGGUGAAGGGAGAAAGUGGUAUUUAUUAAUAUGUAUAACCAGAGUGACUUUUAUACAUACUUUGUAGAAUAAAAGAACAUUUUGACAGGUGGCAUAUGAGGUUAUCCCUCAGAGUGGCACAGCCAGACAAAAACAUGCAGAACUUAAAAGCAGCUGUAGGAUAUUUUAUUAGAUUUCUAAUCAUAUCUGAUUAAAACAAUAGAAAUCUCUGCAAUAGUAAUUCCAGAAGUAGUCUUCCAGGGGGCCAGCCUGUUGAUCAUAUUCUUCUUUCAUCUAGCAAGAAAGCAUCAUUCUCUGGCAUCCUCAGAUCACUGAGUUGGGGCCAUGAGGUCCCUCUUAUGCCCUGAAUAUAAUUUGUUAGCACUGCUGAUCAUUCACCCUACAAAACCAAGGAAUUUGAGUGACUUCAUUAGCAAGCCUCCUAUGGCCUUUCUGCAGAAUUCUUUUUUUAAAAUCAAAUGGCAGAAUUGUAGUCAGGAAGUGAAAAUUUCAAUAGUUUCAUGACUAAUCUUCCAAAAGCUACUAAAUAUAUUUCAAACAAAAAUGAGGCUGGGAGAAACAGAGUGAUGUCUAAAGUACUCAAAGGACUGACAUCAAGGUACUGCCUGGAAUUCCUUCCAAGUCCCAGCCAGUCUCUUGCCAACUGGACAUCCUGGUGGAAGGGAGGUUUUGGGAACGAAAUGUCUCCUCAGGUAAUACAAGCACAUUACAUUUGGCAUCUGUAAGCACCAGCCUGCUUUUGAUUGAGAAAAGGACCCGGCUGGUGCUGGUACAGGAAGAGAAGUGAAAUGUGUCUAAUACUUGCCUCCCUUCAUUUAGGCAGCUCUGCACUUCACAUUCAAAGUCUUGUAAUGAAUAAAGUAGACUGCAGUAUCUUCUAUUGGACAGUCUCCAAGUAUCAUCUGCAUCUCAAGGAUUUCCCCCAAGAACCUAUAUAAACAAAAAGUACUGUACAGCCCAGGAGUUCACUAUCAAAACUAGUAAUGAUACUUUCUUAAUUAUCCCCCUUUCUUUUGCUUUAUCUUCUUGCAGAUACUUAGCUACAUUUUUGGCUACCUCAUAAUUUGCAUGAGAAUUAACAUGAAUUAAGCAGUUCCAAAUUGUGCAUGGGAUUAUUACUAUUUAACACUAGGCUCAAUUUAUGAAAACUUAGAACUAGAAUUCUCAAUCAACUUCCUGACACUUUUGCAGUGAAACUCUUCGUAACCUGACUAUCUCCACAUCUCUAUCAGUGAAUACAGUAAUCAGGAAAGCAUCAUUAUGACAGAUCUGUUUUAAGCCUUUCAACCAGGCUAGCUUUACACCAAAUUUCACUCUGCAAGUUGUUGUUCUAAUGAAGUUAUCAUGUAUAAAUUGGAGAGCUUAUUAAUUAUAGAACAAAUCUAUCCCUUUCUAACAAAAAGAAAUUUCUCCUCCAUCUCUUCUCAUCUCUUCUCUCCAUCUGUUCUUCUUUUUCUCUGUCUGCUCUUCUCAUCCCUUCUCUCUUUUCUUUUUUCCCUUCAUCCCCUUGGAAAAAGAGAGAAUCUAUGGGAAAUAGGCAGAUAUAGCUUCUGUAAGUAAAAAUUACUUGGAUUUUUGCCUCAUUUAAAAAUAUAUAUAUUUACUAAAUACAUGACAUACUAUACAUUAAAACUCCUUUCUGUAGAAAAAAUAAGGUAAUAUGUUUUUUGUUAAAUAAAACAGACCCUUAUUUUCAAGACUUUGUUUUUAAAGAACUGUUCUGGUAUUAUCAGAGCAAUUACAUAAAAUAUCUUUUCCUAGAGAACAGGAUGUAGUCAGUAAUAGCUCCUUAGUUACUUAGUACCCCUUGACCCCCAUCAGGAUCUUGUUGAUAUUAAAUAGUAAAACCACAAAAUGAAAAUAAAUAUUACCAUUCAUAUUUAUGUAGCCUAAGCAUAUGAACCAUGAAGUAUUAAAAUGCACAAAUGAAGUGUAAUGAUUGUCUCAUUUGUUACUGUUCAUUCCCUUAGUUGACAUUUACUGAAGGCUCACCUCAGAUUGAUUAGUCAUUCUGAGAAGUUAAGUAGAAACCCAGCUACUUCCCCUGUCCUCCGGGAGGUUAUAAUCACCUGAGGCUCUUUCCUGGGACUAACAUGUCAGAACUUGCAUCAAGUUCUCCUCUGGACCAAGAACACAUCAUACGUAUCUGUGAAACACAAUUUAAAAAUCUCUCCACAACACCAAUAGUACAAUACACUCUCUUCCUCUACAAAAUCCCUGUCUGUUAUAAAUCAUUCUGAUCACAGAUCAAAUACAAAAUACUUCCACCCAUUAAUUUGAUGGAAUUGAUGAUGAACCCGCACAGAGGAAAUAUGUUGUAAUACAUAGGUAACCCCUGCAUUUUCCUUUCCUCUUGGUGGAUGAUAGGCCCACUUUAUUCCAAGAGAGGGAUGCAGCACGUGAGCUCGUCUACCUUUACCACCACCAGCAUCUCCUGAAGCCCACCCUCUCCCCAGCAUCUUCAGUAGUUGGACAAUAGAGUUAAGAUCAGUUAGAGAGCUGCUGCCAAGACCCUGCAUAGCAUCUGUGACCGGAAGGACCGGUAGCAAGCUCCAAGGACUUGUAGGACUCUAUAAGGAACAACGGAGCACUACCAAGUCAUCUUCCCUUUAAUUCUUUUCCAGGGUACCAACUCUAAGGACAACAUUAAAAAUGGAAAUAGAUGUAGCCAGACAAAAAUUACAGAAAACCUUUCUCCAUACAUUUCAGUGCUAGAAGUUAAGGUAUUUCCAAGUUGAACAAUGUGAAAGUAGCAAUAUCAGAAUUAAUGUAAUGACAGUUACAUUUUAAAAGUGUCAAAUUUUCUUUUGAAAACACCUAUUUAAUAUUAACAUGGAAACCAGUUCCAUCCUUCAAUAGGAAAAAGAAAGACUAUUAUUAAAGAUGCAAAUAUUUUACAAAUUGGAAACUUUCAUACUUGUAUUAUUUUGAGAACUAUUUUUUUGAAACUUUUAAAUUUUCUUGCCAUGAUAGCAAUAAUAAGAGUAUGAAAACAACUGUCUUUACCAACUGUAUGGCAAGUGAAUAUUUCUCAAAUGUUCAAUUAGUCUGACAUACCAAGGCUGAGAAAUGUGUAAUUUGGAAGGAAGCUAUAAAUACUAGUAUUUGCACACAUAUUCACAAAUACACACAUAUGCAUGCACACAUAAAAAUAAACAUACCUCUGAAGGCAUAGUACCAACUGAAAUAAAUUAUAUGAUGAUUUUCAAGUCAACAGAGAGGUCAUUUAUGAAAUUUACUAUCCUAAGAGUUUCUUUGGCCUUAGUUCAAAAUUUAAUAUGUUUUCUUCAGAAAUUUUCCUAGAAUUGAUCCUAGUAUUGUAAAGUAAUGACAGAAAUUCUCGGGAAAUAUUGCCUGUAGGUUAAGGAUCGCCACUGUCUAUUUUUUCUCUUGUCUAUAUCCUUCCAUUUUAAGGAACAAAGGACUUCGGGAUUUCAGUAGCUGUUUUAUUCUGAUAGAAACUUUAAAAUAGAGUAUAAUAUUUUCCUUCACUUUCCACCAGAAAGACUAUGUAGAAUUAUGUUUUAAUUUUUUGAGAGUCUUGAUAUGUAGUUCAGGUUGGCCUUGAACUUACUGUGUAUCCCAGCCUGGCCUCUAACUUGGUGACCCUCUUGCCUAAGUCUCCCAAGUGCUGUGCUUAUAGGCAUGCACCACCCAGCCCAACCAGAGAUUUUUUGAAUAAGAAAAAAAAAGCCAGCUGUCUCUCGUAAACAAAAAUUGAUGAAACAAAAUAUACUAAACCGAGUCUCUUUUGACUUAACUUUAUUGGGAGAAAGUGAGAAUAUUAAAUUUGCAAGCCUCAAUCCAUUUUUCUUUCUUUCCUAUCUUUGCAUUUAAUUUUUCUCCUGAUGUUUGUUUCUGUGCAUUUUUCUAAUAUUCUGUUUUACUAAAGAACAAUAAAAACAAACAAAAAACUAUUCUAGCAACAACAUCUACUUUACUUCUCCUUUCUCUCUCUUUCUCCAUCUCUCUCUUCUUCUUCCUCUCUCUCUCUCUCUCUCUCAUUGUUUCUUUUACUUAGUGAACUAGGUUUUUCUUUUUGGACUAUUUGUUUUUCAUUCUUUUAGUAAUACUUCCCAUUACCACUUUCCCUACGUAGUUAGCAUUCCCGUUCCUCUGAAAGCUGGGCUGUCCACACAACAUUUAUGUAUAAAUCCCUUUUGUAUAAAAUGUUAAAGCUUUGGGGUGAAAGAAAAAAAUUCCUGCCAAAAAUCAAAAGCAUCAUAUUGAAUAAUAAUCUGCACCUUGAUUUUCUCUCAGCAGAAGUUCAACCUUGACAUUUAAGAUUUUAAAAUCCCUUUAAGGAUUUCAGGCCGUAUGAAUCUCUUUAGGAUGAUUGAAUACUUUACAAUGAAACCAGCAGCCAAAAAAAUUGCUAUCAUCUCAACAGCAUUGACAUUUUAAAAUUAUAAUUAUUAAAUGCACAAUGCUCCUCUACUCUCAGCCAGAUGUGCUCUCACCGAUUACAUAAUCACUUAAACACUGAAGGUCAAUUUCUGUGGAUUUUUGUUUUUUCCAGUGUUUCAAUAAACCUCUCCCAUAAGAACUGUCAGUCUUGUGCCAUAAAAAGAGAGAAAUUUUUGAAAACUAAAAAUAAAGAGAAUUAUAAUAAAAGUAAUUGAAAUAUAGAAAAGUAGUUACUGGUAAGAACAAAAGACCAUUUCUGUAAGGGCCAAAAUAAUGCACAUUACAAAAAAUAGUACAAAGCAGUCUUUUUCUGUGACUUGAGGAAUUCAAGUUUUUGGCAAGAUAUUUUCCAAGCCCAUUUGUGUAUUAUAUAAAACUAUCCUGGGCAUGGAGCUGUGCAUUUUAUAAUUGCAUUAAGUGCUUCCUUCUUUCCAAGUGCUUCCCAUGAUACUUAGUAACUUUUUAUAUUUGUCUAGCCAUUGAGUAACACAUCUGUGUAGUGGAAUUACUUGGAGAAUUUAAUAGCUUGUGCUAAUUUCUCAUAGAAAUUCUUCAAAAACAAACAGGGUCUAGUUUAUUUCAUGUGUUUGCUAAGUUACUGCACAUUUUCUGGGUAUUCACAUUUAUUCCUGGAAAUCUAAUUAAUGCAAAUAAAUUGGAGUCAUUCAGCCUAAUUCCAUGUUUAAAAGAACUGUUGCUACCAUUUGUGUUUCAUACCUACACUGUUUUUCUUCAAAGUGUAUUACAUGCUUAAUAUAAAUAAAGCCCAUAUAAAUGUAUGUUCAAAUGGUCCAGUUAUUGCGGUGUUUUCUGUAACUUAUCUACACUAAAAUCAUAGAAUUCCUGUAUUCUGUAGUGUAUGUCAGUUUUUUUCAUUCUGGUUCUGGAGCUAUGAGAUGUGUGCGCCCUCCCAACUACCAUCCUGCCUCUGGUAGUAAAUGUUUGCUCAUCCUCAGCAAGACAUGCUCAAAAGGUCCUGGUGCCUGCCCUACCAAGUGUCUGGCCGACAGAAAUGCAAGACAGUUUGUUGACUUCAUAAGAUUCAUAAAGGGUGCUGAGGAAGCUG